AAGGCCCAAAAUUGUAUGUUCCUUUCUGCUCUGACAAUGGCAUGCCCAUUCUUGCGAGAUGUGGUGGAUGAAGAAGCACUUGUGCUGAGGAGAGCCUUCAGGCGAGAAAGGGUCUUCAGGGACCGGUUGGACCCACUGGCCUUCCCUGAUGACCAUCUAUAUGAAAGAUACAGGUUUUCUGCAGAUGGCAUCAGGUAUCUAUGCAGACUACUGGGUCCCAGGAUUAAGCACCGCACUGCACGGAGCCAUGCACUGAGUGUGGAGCAAAUGGUUUGUGUGGCCUUGCGCUUUUUUGCUAGUGGAGCCUUCCUAUACUCAGUGGGGGAUGCAGAACAGCUGAACAAGGCCACAAUUUGCCGCACAAUAAGGAGUGUGUGUCUGGCUAUCAAAGCAUUAGCAGAUGUCUUCAUCUCCUUCCCUGGCCACAGAAGACUCUGUGACAUCAAAGAGGAGUUCUAUAGGAUUGCAGGUUUCCCCAAUGUCAUUGGUGCAGUGGACUGCACACACAUAAGAAUAAAAGCCCCCUCAGGUGCCCAUGAGGCCGAUUUUGUGAAUAGGAAAUCCUUUCACAGCAUUAAUGUUCAGAUGGUCUGCAAUGCUGACUGUGUGAUCAGCAAUGUUGUGGCAAAAUGGCCUGGCUCAGUCCAUGACUCCAGAAUCUUUCGGGCCUCUGAAAUCUAUCAGUGCCUAUCACAAGGGGGUAUGGCUGCCAGCCUUUUCUCCUGACACCUUUCACAGACCCCCAGGAAGCACAGCAGGCCUACAACCAUGCCCAUGCCAGGACCAGGGCCAGAGUUGAAAUGACCUUUGGCCUCCUGAAGGCACGCUUUCACUGCUUUCACAAAUUAAGGGUCAGCCCUGUUAGGGCAUGUGAUAUUACUGUGGCUUGUGCUGUCCUCCACAAUGUGGCCUGCCUGAGGAAGGAGAGGGCCCCCAGAGUGCCACCAGCCAUGGACUGGGACAAUCCGGCAAUCUUCCCUGAUGACGACAGUGGUCGGCUGCUGAGGGACCAAUAUGUGUUGAAUUAUUUUAGUUAGUAUGUGUGCUUUCAAUUUUGGUUAAAUAUGUCCUGCGGUGGCAGAGGAAUUUGGGU